AAAAAUUCGAGAUUCUCGACAACAGAAACAAUUCGUCUGUAAACUCACUGCUGAAGAUAUAACAACAAUAAAAUGACGACGUCUAUCACUUUGCCGCGGCCUGCUGCCGAUUUCCAUGUUCAUGUCCGGGACGGCGAGAUGAUGAAGCUCGUGGUGCCGACUAUUAAGCAGGGCGGUGUUUCUGUUGCCUAUAUCAUGCCCAAUCUUGUCCCGCCACUCACUGCCGUUGAGGAUGUGCUGGCCUACAAAUCCCGUCUUGAGGCCGUCGACGACAGCAUCACGUACGUCAUGAGUCUCUACCUGUCGCCCGCCAUCACCCCCGACGUGAUCCACCAGGCCAAAAAAGCCGGCAUCACCGGCGUGAAAUGCUACCCCGCCGGCGUGACGACCAACUCUGACCACGGCGUUGCUUCGUACGCGCCGUUCUACCCCACCUUUGCGGCGAUGGAGGAGGAAGACAUGAUUCUGAACUUGCACGGCGAGUGUCCUUCGUCUGGACACAUCCACGUCCUGAACGCCGAGCAGGAGUUCUUGCCCACGCUCAAGGAUCUGCAUGCGCGGUUUCCCAAGCUGCGGAUCGUGCUCGAGCAUUGCACGUCCGCGGCCGCGGUUCAGGCGGUGAAGGAGUGCGGCCCGACCGUGUCGGCGACGAUUACCGCACACCAUCUGUUUCUGAUUAUCGACAACUGGGCCGGCAACGCGUACAAUUUCUGCAAGCCGGUGGCCAAGCUGCCUGCAGACCGCGAGGCGCUGCUUGAGGCUGCUACGUCUGGCAACCCAAAGUUCUUCUUUGGCUCGGACUCGGCUCCGCAUCCGAUGUCGGCCAAGGAGAAAGGCAAGGGAGCGUCGGCGGGCGUGUUUACGCAGACGCAUGCGGUUGCGUAUGUUGCCGAGGCGUUUGACAGGCUGGGGAAAAUUGAUAAGCUCGAGGACUUUGUGUGUAAUUUUGGACGCGAGUUUUACAAGGUCGAGGAGAAGAAGGCGGGGUGGAAGGUUGUGGUCGAGAAGACUGAGGAUGAGGUCAUGAUGGCUUUGGGAGAGGGAAGCAGUGCGGUUGUGCCGUUCAAGGCUGGCGAGAAGUUGGCGUGGAAACAGACGAUGAACAACAGCAAAUGCCAUGCCGUCCUCUCUCCAUGUCGGCAUAUCGUGAUUGAGCUGCUGAAGCGCGGGCAUAUCGUCAGCGGCAUCAGUCGCAAGCCAGAAAAGAUUGGCCAGCACGAACGGUAUUUUCCUAUCCCGCUCGAUAUCCUCGGGACGUCGGUUACUGAACUUGCUACGGUUCUAGCGAGGGCGGAUGUGGUCAUCAAUGCCUACGGAUCUCGAGCAAGCGAUAGCUCGACCUACAAACUCUUCGUCGAAGCAACAUAUCAAAUCAUCACCGCAUUCAAGCACGCCGCCUUGCUCAAUUCCUCUCUCUCAGCCAGCGCAGCUCCAGGCUGCAAGCCCUAUCUCAUCGCCAUCGGCAACUCAGGCUCGUUGAUCGUCCCCGGUACGGACGGGAUCCACGCAGUCGACUACGAGCCGUUCUGGAUCGAGUACGUGCGGAGUAUGGCGCAGAGCAGGAGUCAUGUUUUGUUUUGGAAGGAAAAGUAUCCGGAUAUGAGUCAGACGGUCGAGGUCUAUCGGACUGCUGUGUUGGCGUGGAAAGGGCCUGGCGCGACGCUCGAGCAGAUGGAGGUCAUGAAGACAUACGAAGACCAAAUCGCAAACAUCGACCACGACUUUAUCCGCGCCUGCACCACAUGCUACCUCUUCUUCGACGGCAACGAGUCCUUCGACUGGACCUUCAUCUCUCCGCCCGCGAUGUACGGCCCGGGCAAGCGCACUGGAGAAUACGACGUGCACCUGGAAAACUACUUGCCGCUGCCCGAAGAAGAAGGCGGUUUGUUGCCUGGUAUAUCCGCGCCUGAUCUCGCGAUCGCGCUGGCGGAUGAGGUGGAGCGGAAGGGCAUGAAGUGGACGCAUUGGACGCUGACGGGGAGUCAGAGGGAUGACGCGCCGGCUGUGAUAUACCCCAAGAUAUAGCUUGGUGUACUUUAGUGUAUGUGUAGAGUAUAUGUAGAGUAUAUGUAGAGUAUAUGUA